AGACUCCACCCGGAACUUUGGCGCCGUGACGCAGGUUUCCGGCGGGCUUCUUAGAGCGCCGAACCGCGUUGGGCCCAAGGACCAUGAGAGGGCCGGAGUCGGGUCCCGAACCUACGAUGGAAGGGGACGUCUUGGACACCCUGGAGGCGCUGGGGUACAAGGGACCACUGUUAGAAGAGCAAGCCCUUACCAAGGCAGCAGAGGGUGGACUGUCUUCGCCUGAAUUUUCAGAGCUCUGUGUUUGGUUAGGCUCUCAGAUAAAAUCAUUGUGCAACUUGGAAGAAAGUAUCACUUCAGCUGGGAGAGAUGAUCUAGAAAGCUUCCAGCUUGAGAUAAGUGGGUUUUUAAAAGAAAUGGCAUGUCCGUAUUCUGUACUCAUAUCAGGAGAUAUUAAGGACCGUUUAAAAAAGAAGGAUGACUGUUUGAAGCUUCUAUUGUUUUUAAGUACAGAGCUUCAAGCUUUACAGAUACUACAGAAUAAGAAACGUAAAAAUUCUCAAUUAGAUAAAAACAGUGAAAUUUAUCAAGAAGUUGAAGCUAUCUGUGAUACUCUUGGUGUACCCAAGUCAGCAACUUCUGACAUUCCGCUUAUGCUAAACCAAGUGGAAUCAAAGGUGAAGGAUAUUCUCUCAAAAGUCCAGAAAAAUCAUGUGGGAAAACCACUGCUGAAAAUUGAUUUAAAUCUGGAACAGGCGGAACAACUAGAAAGAAUCAAUGAAGCUCUUUCCUGUGAAUAUGAAUGCCGCCGGCGGAUGUUGAUGAAACGAUUAGAUGUGACAGUGCAGUCCUUUGGUUGGUCUGAUAGAGCAAAGGUAAAAACAGAUGACAUAGCAAGAAUUUACCAGCCGAAGCGUUAUGCUCUAUCACCGAAGACAACGAUUACAUUGGCACAUCUACUUGCUGCUCGUGAAGAUCUAUCCAAGAUCAUAAGAACAAGUAGCGGCUCCAGCCGAGAGAAGACGGCAUGUGCCAUUAAUAAGGUGCUGAUGGGAAGGGUGCCUGACAGAGGAGGAAGGCCAAAUGAAAUUGAACCGCCACCCCCGGAAAUGCCCCCUUGGCAAAAGAGACAAGAAGGCGGCGGAAGGGGUGGUUGGGGUGGUGGGGGUGGUGGGGGUGGUCGAGGAGGUGGUGGGGGUGGAAGAGGUGGCUGGGGAGGUGGAGGAGGUUGGGGAGGUGGUGGGGGAGGAGGAGGUGGCGGAGGAGGGUGGGGUGGAAGUGGGGGAGGGGGCGGUAGAGGAGGAGGUUUCCAAGGCAGGGGAGAUUAUGGCGGGAGGGGAGAUUAUGGUGGAAGAGGAGGCGGCUAUGGUGGAAGAGGAGGGGGCUAUGGGGGACGAGGUUAUGGAGAUCCGUAUGGGGGAGGUGGUGGUGGAUAUAGAAGGUAUUAAAAACCACCAAAAUUAGAUAGCAGUGCUUACUUCUUGGUAGGGACAUUAGGUGUAGUGUUCUAAGUAACAUACUUGAAUGUCAGCUUUCAAGUAAACACCAUGUUAGCUUCCUUGUUAUCAUUCUUAAAUUGGGUUAAUAUGUAAGAGCAUUGUUUUUAUACUACCAUUUGAUCUCUUAGACAAAGUGAUGAUUUUUCCAUAUUCUGUGUACCCUUGAGCAUGUCUUUUUAAAAAACAAAAAAUGAACAAAAAUUAUUUUUAAAAAUGUAAAUAUUUAUUACCAUCAAACUUGGAAAAUGGAAAGUAUUUUAUUGUCAUGAUUGAAUUUAGAUUGUUACCCGUAUUUUAUUCAGGUUUGAAACACAUAAAUUACCCCACUUGUAAUGGAAAGGAAUAUAGACUAUUGCCUCAUCUGUAUUCCUGUGGCUGUGUUUGUAUUUGUUAAUUAUUCUUUAUGAAAUAGGGAAAGGGACUUAUCUGAUUGUUGUGUUCAAUAGGUAAUUGUCAUGACCUGUUUGCUCUUGUUUAGGAAACAAUUUCUCGCCAGGCUUCUGUUAAAGUUCCAUUAAUUGAAGCUCACAUCUACUUUUUGCAAUGCAUAUUUGAUUUAUUUUCCAAGUGGA